CAAACAAACCACCAGUCAGACGCCUACAGAUCCUGAAUCAGCAUGGAAGUUUUGCUCGCAUUGACCGGAAAGGACUUUGUCCUCACUGCAUCCAACAAGGCAUUCGUCCGCGGUAUCUCCGUUCUGAAAACUACAGAUGACAAGUCGCGCACUUUGAGUCCUCACAACUUGAUGCUUUUCUCCGGUGAAGCUGGUGAUACUGUCAACUUUGCGGAGUUUAUUCAGGCGAAUAUGCAACUUUAUGGUAUGCAGAACAACUGCGAGCUGGAUCCUAAGGCGACGGCGAGCUUCGUGAGACGAGAGUUGGCGGAUAGUCUGAGAAGUAGGAAACCAUACCAAGUCAACCUUCUUCUCGCCGGAUUCGACACCCGCACGAGCGAACCCCACCUCUACUGGCUAGACUACCUUGCAGCUCAAGCGACAGUACCUUAUGCGGCUCACGGUUACGGUGCUUACUACUGUCUGUCUAUCUUCGACAGAUACCACCGCUCGGAUAUCUCUCUGGAGGAGGCACUCGACAUCAUGGGAAAGGCGGUGGCUGAGGUGGAGAAGAGGAUGCCUAUGGAUUUGAAAGGUUUCUUGUUGAAGGUUGUUGACAAAGAUGGCGUCCGUGAGCUUGAGGCUUAA